AUGGCCCUCGCCGCACCGCGCACACCACCCCGUGCCACGCCGCCUCGCACCAAGCCGCCCCGCACCAAGCCGCCCCGCACCAAGCCGCCCCGCACCAAGCCGCCCCGCACCAAGCCGCCUAGCACCAAGCCGCCUAGCACCAAGCCGCCUAGCACCAAGCCGUCCCGCACCACGCCGCCCCGCACCAAGCCGCCCCGCACCAAGCCGCCUAGCACCAAGCCGCCUAGCACCAAGCCGCCUAGCACCAAGCCGUCCCGCACCACGCCGCCCCGCACCAAGCCGCCUAGCACCAAGCCGCCUAGCACCAAGCCGCCUAGCACCAAGCCGUCCCGCACCAAGCCGCCCCGCACCAAGCCGCCCCGCACCAAGCCGCCUAGCACCAAGCCGCCUAGCACCAAGCCGCCCCGCACCAAGCCGCCCCGCACCAAGCCGCCCCGCACCAAGCCGCCUAGCACCAAGCCGCCUAGCACCAAGCCGCCUAGCACCAAGCCGUCCCGCACCACGCCGCCCCGCAUCAAGCCGCUCCUCCCCAAGCCGCCCCGCAUCAAGCCGCCCCGCACCACGGCGCCCCGCACCAAGCCGCCCCGCACCAAGCCGCCCCGCACCAAGCCGCCCCGCACCAAGCCGCCCCGCACCAAGCCGCCCCACACCAAGCCGCAACGCGCCGCUCCACAACGCCCCGCACUACGCCGCACCACACCGUACCACGCAGCACCGCGCAAAUGA